GGCGGCGCCGCCAGCGCGGCCACCCUGACGGCGUCCUCGCCGGACUCGAUGCUCGCCGCCGAGCAGUCGUGCUGCGGCUCCGAGCAGGACAUCUUCAGCAGCCCGUCGGACGUCGACAUGUGCCACGGCUCGGACGCGGGCAGCAUCGACUUCAGCUCGGCGGUGUGCGACCUGAACCUCGGCCUGCAGGCCGCCAGGGACCUGCGCGACGGCGAGCUGGACCAGUACCUCACCCCCGCGGCCCCCGACAACGCCAUGGACAACGCCAUGGACAACGCCGCCGACGUCGCCCCCGAGGCCGCGGCCAGCACCGCCAGGACGGAGCACUCGUGGCACGUCCCGCAGCCCUCGCACCACCAUCACCACCACCACCACAUGCAGGCCGAGCACCUGUUAAGGUACCACGAGCUGCAGCCGCCGCCGUCGACCGCCGUCAAGGUGGAGAGGACGCCGUCGGACUCCUACUUCUACCCGUACCUGCCGCCGGGGCAGGGCGCUCCGGCCACCGGGGCGCCGACGGACUCCUGGUGGACGGGGUGCUUCUAGUCCUGCCGGCCGCCGGCGAAGGGCGGCAAGGCGACGCUAGGCGACGCUCGGUGGCAUUUGGUGUGCGCGUCAAAGCAGCGGCGGUGUUUGUGUCCGAUUAUGGCGCAGCGCGGGGGCGGGCGGCACGGAGCUCGCCGCGCACGGAGCCUCCACGGCGGCAGCGCGGCAGCUGAGCACAUACCACCACGCACCGCCGCACCGCACGUGGGAGCCGGGGAUGGCCUUAUCGUGGCCGCGAACGGGGAGGGCAGGGGAGGGGGCACCGCUAUUUGCGUGGGGUCGUGCGUGAUGAACAGAGUUUCCUUUCGCCCGCCCUUCCUCCCGGACACCUCGGUGGCCAUGGCGGCGUGGCGGCGUGGCGGACCGCCGCGGUGUCCCUCCCCUUCCUCCA